AUGGCAAGCAAAAGUAUAGCUGAUAUUCAGCAUCAAGGUAAAUUCUCUAUUGAACCAUCAACAACUGGUGGCAAACUAAAUACAUCCGAUUGGCCACUUCUUCUAAAAAAUUUCGAUCGUUUAAAUGUUCGUUCGAAUCAUUAUACGCCAAUUUCGACCGGUUGUUCACCGUUACAACGACCAAUCGACGAAUAUAUCAAAUCAGGAUUUAUUAAUUUGGAUAAACCUGUAAAUCCAUCAUCACAUGAAGUUGUUGCAUGGAUUAAACGCAUAUUUUGUAAAGCAUUACCAGUAACAAAAACAGGUCAUUCAGGUACAUUAGAUCCGAAAGUAUCGGGUUGUUUAAUUGUUUGUAUUGAACGCGCAACACGUCUUGUUAAAUCUCAACAAUCAGCUGGUAAAGAAUAUAUUGGUGUUGUACGUUUUCAUUCACCAAUUGAUGAUAUUAAAAAAGUCGAACGCACACUUGAAUCUUUAACUGGUGCCGUAUUUCAAAAGCCACCAGUUAUUGCUGCUGUUAAAAGACAACUCCGUAUUCGAACCAUCUAUGAAAGCAAACUAUUGGAAUUCGAUCAAAAACGAAAUAUUGGUAUUUUUUGGGUUAGUUGUGAAGCUGGAACUUACAUUCGAACACUAUGUGUUCAUAUGGGUCUUCUAAUUGGUGUUGGUGGUAUUAUGCAAGAGCUACGUCGUGUCCGAUCUGGUAUUCAAUCAGAACAAGAAGGCAUGGUAACAAUGCAUGAUGUCAUUGAUGCAACAUAUGCUUAUAUGCAUAAUAAAGAUGAAACUUAUCUUCGUCGUGUUGUUAAACCAUUAGAAGCAUUACUUGUAUCACACAAGCGUAUUAUUAUUAAAGAUAGUGCUGUUAACGCAGUUUGUUAUGGUGCAAAAUUAUUAUUACCUGGUGUACUUCGUUAUGAAGAUGGAAUUGAAAUAAAUGAACAGAUUGUUAUAACAACAACAAAAGGUGAAGCUGUUGCUUUAGGUAUUGCUUUAAUGACAACAGCCACAAUGGCAACAUGUGAUCAUGGUAUCGCAGCCAAAAUAAAACGUGUAGUUAUGGAACGUGAUACAUAUCCAAGAAAAUGGGGUUUUGGACCUGUUGCUUCCAAAAAGAAAUUAAUGAUCAAAGAAGGUAUCUUAGGUAAAUUUGGUAAACCAACAGAUCAAACACCAAAAAAUUGGCGUGAUAUGCUCUAUGAUGUUAAUGCUAAUCCAUCUGCUUCAAAACGACCACAUGAAGAAUCAGCUGUAUCAACAGGUGCAUCAGAUGAAUCGAAAUCUGAAAAGAAGAAAAAAGAAAAAAGAGUUAAAGUUGAAGAUGAUGAUGAUGAACCAAUGCAAACAUCAUCAGUUGCUGAUAAUUCAACACUAGAUGAUUCAACAAGUGAAAAGAAACAUAAAAAACAUAAGAAAAAAAAUAAAGAAGAUUCCGAUUAA